AUGGCUCUUGUAAAAUCCUUGGGACGCUUUUUGGGUUUGAUGAAUUACACCAAACUGAGUUCUUCUUAUAACACCAAACUGAGUUCUUCUUAUUACAAGUCUUUGCUUUCUGAUCACUUGCAGAACCAAAGAGUAGAUGAAGCUCGAGCAGUUUUUGAUGGUAUUCCUUGUCCCGGUGUUAAUUUAUACACGAUUAUGACAAUGGGUUAUGUGAAGAAUCGUCGGUUGGAUGACGCCUUGAAAUUGUUCGAUGAAAUACCCGUUAGAGAUAGAGAUACGGUUUCUUGGAAUUCAAUGAUGAAAGGGUGUUUGGAUUGUGGGGAACUUAGUAAGGCUAAGAAGAUUUUUGAUGAAAUGCCCGAGAGGAAUGUUGUUUCUUGGACGACAAUGAUACAUGGGUUCAUGCGGUUUGGGGAAGUUGAGAUGGCUGAGCGCUUGUUUCAUAAGAUGCCCACGAGGGACAUAGCCACUUGGAAUUCGAUGAUUCAUGGCUAUUUUAGCAAUGGUAGAGUGGGGAGUGCUAUUGAUUUGUUUGAGGUAAUGCCUCACCGCAACGUGAUUUCCUGGACGUCGAUGAUUGGUGGGCUUGAUCAGAAUGGGAAGAGCGAUGAAGCUUUGCUAUUUUUCAACAGGAUGACGGGUUCUGGUUUCAAGCCCACUUCAACGACAUUGGUAUGUGCGUUGACUGCUUCUGCUAAUAUAUUUGCUUUACAUUUAGGUCUUAAAAUUCAUGGUCAGAUAGUCAAGUUAGGCUAUUGCUUUGACGAGUUUUCAUAUGCUUCACUUAUUACCUUUUAUGCAAACUGCAAGCAAGUAGAGCAUGCUUGUAAGGUUUUCAAAGAGAAAAUGCACAAAAAUGUGGCAGUGUGGACAGCUCUCGUGACAGGGUAUGCCUUGAAUUGCGAGCCUGAAAAGGCGUUAGAGGUUUUCAGGGACAUGAUAGCAUCGGGCGUCCUUCCUAAUCAGUCUUCUUUUACCAGUGCUUUGAAUGCUUGUUGUGGAUUAGAGGCUCUUGAUAGGGGCAAGGAGAUACAUUCGGUAGCUAUAAAACUAGGUAUGGGAAAUGAUUCAUUUGUUGGAAACACUCUCAUUGUCAUGUAUAGUAAAUGUGGCAGUAUAAAUCAUGGGAUUUCUGUUUUUACUAGGACUAAUGAGAAGAACAUUGUUUCCUGGAACUCAGUUAUUAUGGGAUGUGCACAACAUGGUUAUGGGAUGUUGGCUUUGACACUCUUCAGCCAAAUGAUGCGUGCGGGGAUAGAGCCAGAUGAAAUCACAUUCACUGGAUUGCUAUCUGCAUGUAGACAUUCUGGGAUGCUACAGAAAAGAAGAGGGUUUUCCAAAUUUUUUAGUCAAGAUAAAACUUUUGAGGUAAAUCAAGAACACUAUGCGUGUAUGGUUGAUCUCUUAGGCCGAUGUGGGAAGUUGGAAGAAGCGGAGGAGUUAGUUAGAAACAUGCCUUUUGAAGCGAAUUCCAUGGUAUGGCUAGCGUUACUUGGCGCUUGUAGGUUGCAUUCUAAUUUGGAUGUUGCUGAAAGAGCUGCAAAAAGCGUCUUUGAACUAGACCCGCAUUGUAGUGCCGCUUAUGUGUUGUUAUCUAACAUAUAUGCUUCUGCAAAUAGAUGGAGUGACGUCUCAAGAGUACGCGAGACAAUGAAACGAAAUGGCAUUGUAAAACAACCAGGUUCUAGUUGGGUCACUCUGAAGGGAUUGAGGCAUGAAUUUCGUUCUGGAGAUAGGUCCCACCCACUGAGUGAGAAAAUCUAUCAAAAGUUGGACUGGCUGGGAGUUAAGUUGAAGGAAUUUGGUUAUGUUCCAGACCAACAAUUUGCUCUGCACGAUGUUGAGGCCGAACAAAAGGAAGAGAUGUUGUCUUCCCACAGCGAGAGGCUUGCUAUUGUAUUUGCUUUGGUUAGUACUGCAGAGGGGAGUACAAUAACAGUGAUGAAAAACCUUCGUGUAUGCGGGGAUUGUCACUCUGCCAUCAAGCUUAUUGCGAAGAUUGUUGGGCGUGAGAUCGUUUUAAGAGAUUCAAGCCGAUUUCAUCACUUCAGGAAUGGCAUUUGUUCUUGUGGGGAUUAUUGGUAGUAGUGCAGUAGUACUAUGGUUUCACAUACACUUGAAAGAAAAUUUUCAAAGGACUAGUUCUAGCCAUGUCCCGGCAUACUUUUAUGAUUACCCAAUAGCAGGAAUCUUGUUUAUAGACCAAUACUUGUAAGUUUAAUGUCUUGUUGGUCACUGGAAAUAUCGAUUCGGAAUUAGCAAGUGUUUUGGAGUUUGACUGGUUGAAAUUCUGCAUUCUAAAAUUCGAGCAGAGAAGUGGUUUUUGUCGGAACUCUGGCAUAGCAGUUGCUACUUGAUCACCUGGACAAGCGAAGACAGACCAAAAAAGGAAAAAAAAAAAAAAGCACAGGUGAAGCUAAUACUUAGCACUCACUAGUCAUCGGUAGGAACCUAUAUAGGAUUACUCUGUAAAUGGUAAUGCUCAAGCUCAACAAGGAAAAAUGAGAUUUGGUUCUCGACUUUGUCCAGCAGUUUGAAAAGCAUUUUGAUAUAGUAAAAAAGAAGAUUAUUCAUAUUGGAACAUAUGGAGUUGAUACAUUCUUGAAGUGAUAGAGGAAUUCCGCGAUGUUGUCCGGGGGUCAAACCUUCCAAUUAAGAACUUGAGACUGUAAAUCUGAGAUAGAAUAUUGUGAAUGUUUAGGUUCAGC